AUGGCAUCUGAAGGAGGGAACUCAUCUGGAGGCGGUUCAACUGGUGAUAAGGGAGCUGUCGGAGGAAGUGGUGGAGGAGGAUCUCAAGGAGUUCCAGACCAGAAAGAGGGAAAGAAAUUCUUCAAAUUUGCGUUUAAUGUGAACAAAAAAGUGGCAGAUGAGACGGAAAUGACGCAGGAUUUCAUGAAUGACCUCAAACACUAUGAAGAAUUCGACAAAACCGUUGGAGACUGCGCGAGUUAUUUGGAGAAUAUCUUCAUUCCGUUCUCAUCGAAAAACGCGAGUAACUAUGAGGAUUCGUUCGCUCGGUUGGGUUCUGCACUCGCUGAAUUCAAGACCUAUGUCCCUCAAAACCACGUGGCAACAUUCGAGAACUUUUCCAGCAAAAUGAAGGCGGCUGCUGUGUCUAGAAAAGCAUAUCAGAAUGUUCAAUCCUACCAUCUUCGUCAUAUGAAGCGGUUCCACGCGGACAAUUAUGAGAGUUUUGUGGAGCAAAGAAAGAAAUUCGAUGAUGCUCGGAAGAAAAUGGACCAGGCGAAAGCGGAUGUUCGUGAGGCGAAAACGACGACUGCAAUUGAGAAAAAAGCGAUUUGUUAUCAAUUGACAGUUGAUGAUUUCGAUCAACAAACGGAGGAAUUGAUUAAGAUAAUUGAGGCACUUCCGAAGAUUAAGCAAGGAUAUGUCAAGGAUAUAUUUGUGGUUCUCACGAAACACAAACAAUAUCAUAGCGAUAUGAGCAAGUUCUUUGCCGCUUCUGUUAUGUGA